UCACUCGGCGCCGAAUUCAUUGGCUCAUUCUCGCUACGAAAGCGGUCCGCAAGAGUAUUUAAGCUGGGUUCCGAGCGCUUUAAAAAACAUAAAAGUGUCCGUUUGGCUUGAUCACAUACAGAUUAACUGCAAAAUGACCACGAACUCCGUAAAAAAGAAAGUAAAGCAUCACCGAACGGGAAAACCUAAUUCAUCCAGAGGAAUUCGUGCAGAGUUCCAGGAGAGAGAGAAAAUUACAUAUUUGGCACAGGCAAAUCAUCUUCCCAUGGAGGAAUUUUUACCAGCAAAAGUAGCCAAUGGUCCUCGCGACAUUCCGGUCCAUAAUGGAGACUGUACUAGCCCCACAAAGACUGGCUUGCAGAAGGACACCGAGGCAAUGGAUACCCCAUUGUCCAUUCAAUACGAGCGGGAGGUACGACCAUGCAUUGAUCUCAUUGAUUCUCUGAGAGGAUUUGGUGUGGAUAAGGAUCUCGGACUUCCAGCCAUUGCAGUGAUUGGUGACCAGAGCUCUGGGAAGAGCUCAGUGUUGGAGGCGCUCUCAGGAGUGGCCUUUCCCAGAGGGAGUGGAAUUGUAACAAGAUGCCCACUUGAAUUGAAGUUAAAAAAUGUCAAAAAAGCAAAUGUUUGGAAGGGGAAAAUCAGCUACAAGGAUUAUUCGAACAAACUCAGUAGUGCAGCUGAGGUGGAACAAGCAAUUCUCAAAGCCCAGGACAGUAUUGCAGGGAAGGGAGUGGGAAUCAGCCAUGAACUAAUCAGCCUUGAAAUUGAAUCCACCAAUGUCCCUGACCUGACUCUGAUAGACCUGCCGGGUAUCGCCCGAGUCGCCGUUGGUAACCAGCCCCAAGAUAUCGGAGACCAGAUUAAGAGACUCAUUAGAUUGUUUAUUCAGAAACAAGAGACAGUUAACCUUGUGGUCGUGCCUUGUAACGUCGACAUAGCAACCACAGAAGCACUGAAAAUGGCCCAGGAAGUGGACCCUACUGGAGACAGAACUUUGGGUAUUUUGACCAAACCUGACCUGGUGGACAAAGGAACAGAGAAGAACGUAGUUGACAUUGUGAAGAACCUGACAGUAGAGCUGGAGAAGGGAUACAUGAUCGUUAAGUGUCGUGGCCAGAACGACAUCAAUGAAAAUAUAUCACUGGUGGAUGCAAUCGCAAAGGAAAAGGAAUUUUUUGAAGACCACGAACAAUUUCGGCCACUUUUGGAGGACGGAAAGGCAGGCAUCCCAAAUUUGGCCGUUCGGCUUACAAAGGAACUUGUCAACCACAUUAAUAAAUCAUUGCCUCAGUUGCGAAAUCAAAUAGAAACCAUGCUGAACCAGUCGCUGCAAACCCGCAAGAAGUACAGCCACGCAGUCCCCAAUUCUUACCCCGAGCAAAUAACAUUCUUAAUCGAGAAAAUCAACAGCUUCUGCAGCCACAUAAAAAAUCUGACCAUGGGGGAGGAACCUCAGGACAAGGUAGAUGGCGUGAGGUACAUCACCAUAGUACGAAAUGAGUUUGAUGAAUGGAACACAUUCCUGAACGAACGUAUAUCAAAAUUCACAACUCACAUGAAAAAUGUAGUUCUCGAAUAUGAAAACUCAUACCGUGGAAGAGAGCUGCCGGGGUUUGUCAACUACAAUACCUUUGAAUCCUUCAUUAAGGAAGAGAUCUCUGCACUGGAAGAUCCAGCUAUUACGAAACUGAAGACAAUCACAGAUAUCACAAGGGAUAUUUUUAUGGUCAUUGCCGAGCAACAUUUCAAUGCCUUUGGUAACCUGUCCAAAGCUGCCAAGGUCAAAAUCGCAAUUAUGAGCAACAAACAAGAAACGGAAGCAGAAAAGCUGCUGCAGGCCCAGAUUAAGGUUGAGUGUGUGGUGUAUUCUCAAGACAGUCUCUACAGUGAGUGCCUUUCUAAAGCAAAAAGCAAUUCGUCAAAAGAUGCUACACAUGGCAGCAUCCAAGAAAUGUCGUAUCAUCUCCGAGCAUAUUACAAGAUUGUCUCUCAUCGACUGGCUGACCAGAUCCCCAUGGUCAUACGCUGCUACAUUUUAAACGAAUUUGCUGACAAACUCCGGACAGAUAUGCUUCAACUCAUCCAAGAUAAGGAUCGCAUCAAUGUUUAUCUAAUGGAAGAUGAAGACACACAGAGGAAGAGAGAUGACCUCAAUUGCAAAAUAGACCGAUUGAGAAAAGCGCAGAAGACAUUGCUUGAAUUUGGUUAAAUGAGCAUUGAACGAAGGUCCUUGAAUACUGUAAAGAUGUGUUUAUAUUUUGCUUGCUAAUUUUUAUAUUUCUUGCUAACUUCCGCUCUUGAAGGGAUUGAAUCCUUACUACUGUUUAGUCUCGGAGUUAACAAUCAUUCUUUGGUACCCGCGGCCUUUAUUCCUGUCUAUUUGCAAAAUGACAAUCUAUCCAUGGACAGGUACAUGGAUAGGAUAGACUUAGAAGAAUAUGGACCAAACACAGGCAGGUGGAACUAGUGCAGAUGGGACUUGCGGGUCAGCAUGGGCAAGUUGAGCCUGUUUCCACAUUCUUUGACUAUAUAUUUGCGUUAAAGGAACUUAGGGUCCUCCUCACCCAAUUUCCAUAUUUGUGAUCUUCCUCCUGGCUAAUGUCCUCUUUCCAAACUAGGGAUAUACUUGCUCCCAUCCCAUCCUGACUGAGAUUGACUAACUCUGAAAAACAUGAAUUGAUUUUAAAUUGAAGGUAGACACAAAAUGCUGGAGUAACUCAGCGGGACAGGCAGCAUCUCUGGAGUGAAGGAACGGGUGACGAGACCCUUCACCCUCCAGCAUUUUGUGUCUCAUCUUUGGUGUAAACUAGCAUUUGCAAUUCCUUCCUACACAUAUUGAUCUUAAAUUGUCUGUAUAUUGAGCAGCUCGGUGUAAACUUGUUGAAGCUGUCAAGGAACCUUUAAUUGUUUUUUGAUGCAUCUUAUGUGGAAUCUCUUUGCUUAAUGGACACACAAGAGAUUGAUUUUGCCCGAAACGUCUUCUGCCCUUUUCCACAGAUGCUGCCUGACCCGCUGAAUUCCUCCUGCACUUUGUUUUUACACUUAGCUAAUGUUCCCCGGCAAUUACAUUCCGUAUAAUGUUUUGGAUGUGAAAUUGGAAUUUAAAGUGUGAUUAAAUUUAAAUUAAUUCUAAUCACACUUUAAAAUUGUAAUCAAGUUUUAAAACAAAUUUGGAUUUGACUUGGAAGCAAAUAGAUAAUUAUCAGGUAUAGCAUUCACAAGGAUACAGAAUGGUGGAAUUUAGUGUUUGAUAUGUUUGCUUUGUUACACUGGCAAUUUUUCCUCUGGUGUUGAUUGUUCACAUUGCUGAGAAAAUGUUUGUUUAAAAUGUUAUUCAACGUAGCACAUAAGGCAUUGUAGUCUUGCUAAGCUAUUUCUAAUAUACAUAUACUUCCCUA